GCACUCUGCGGCAUCCUGCUGAUUGCGCAGUGUGUGCAACGUGUCUAAACGCCUACCAUUCAUUUCGUGGGGACUCAGAAGUCUCUCCCCCACUGUCAACCUCAUUGACGAUACUCUCCUGGACGCCCUCGACGACAUUCCUGAGACAGGAUGUCACUGCCGUCACAAGUCGUACUGGCGGACGUGCGCGAGAGUGCUGCGUCGCAGCAAGGACAGCUCUCACCCGCGUUUUCGACCCUUAGCAUUCCCGUAGUGGCCGCGGGAUUCUCGGUCUUUGUUCUGGCUGUGCAACUCGUCUUCCGCUCAACGCGCAUGAAGGUCUUCGCCGCGGAAAAUGGCUUCCCUUCUCCGAUCGACGAUGAGGGUCUGAGGAACGUCGACUAUCCGUCGAAGUUGUCGCGAUUUGUAGCCAAGCGUCGUGGAAGCACAAUAUUCGCGUUCAACUGUUCUCGGUCCCUGUUUUGUCUAGCCCUCCUUUGCAUCUCCAUUCUCACUUUCAGCGGGUCUUCGUCAGAACGACCUGAGCAGGACAGUCUUCAACUCACGCCCCAGUUGGCCUAUCUCGGGCUUUCAGUGGUAUACCUAUACACCUCGGUCCUUUCUCUGACGGCCGCAUUUACGACGUCAGCGUCAAGCCUCUGGACCGCGCAUACCAGCCUUGUCCUCAUCCCGACCUGGGGCAUAUACAUGUACCGGGACGUGUUCCCACUGACGACGUAUACACUCUCACCGAUGGACGCAGCCGAAAGCGGAUGGCUCUGGGUCAAAAUACUGUUACUGACUUACACCGCUGUGAUCGUCCCGUUGAUCAUUCCCCGACCGUACACACCGGUCGAUCUGAAGCACCCGGCACCCAAACCAUCUCCAGAACAGACGGCGUCUCUACUGUCUUUGCUGCUCUAUAGCUGGUUAGAUCAGACGGUCGUGGACGCAUAUCACGCAGACCACCUCAAGCUGGACCAACUCCCGCCAUUGGGAGACUAUGACGAUGCCCAAGUGCUGACUAUACAGAGCUUUCCUGAACUGAGCCCAUUUCUGCUCAAAAACAAAGAUAGACACAUAUUCUGGGGCUUUGUCAAGAUCUUCCGUAACUUUAUCGAGAAUGAUGGCGACGGCGCACUGGUACAUCCAUGGGUCUGGGUUGUCUGGCUCUUCCUCGGACCGGCAUUCGAGACCGUGAGCAUAUCUUUCUACUACCUUUACUCGAUGCGCCUGCUGGUUCGCAUGGAAGCAAUUAUCACGCAACUCGUCUUUGAACAUGCCCUUCGUAUGCGUGUGACGGUAGAGACAGGCGACAAUUCAGCUCGGGAAGGCGCGAAGAGCGAGGGCAAGAAGCGAGGGGUCAAUAACUUGAUCACCUCAGAUCUAAACGCACUUGGUUUUGGAAGGGAAAUCUUGGCUCCAAUACUGAAGAUACCGGUGGUGGUGUCAGGCUGCGUGUUCUUCCUGUAUACCCUGCUUGGUUGGAGUGCCCUAGCUGGCAUGGCGGUGGUCAUACUUCUUCUGCCGAUGCCCGGAGCGCUUGCUUCGCGAAUUCGGAAGGUACAGACCGAGAAGAUGAAGAAGACGGACGCCCGCGUGCAGACCGUCACAGAAACCAUGAACGUCAUACGCAUGAUCAAGCUGUUCGGCUGGGAACCUCGAGUCAUGCAACAGCUCACUGAAAAACGGGACGAUGAACUGGAACUGAUCAAGAAGAGUAAGAUGCUGGAGUUGAUAAACGGCAAUAUCAACGUUUUUACCAUGUUCAGCCGCGAACUCCGCCAGAGCUUUAAUUACAUCCCGUUGAUGAUGAGAGCCAAGGUCGCUCUGAACCGAGUGAACGACUUCUUACAUCAGACCGAAUUAAUCGACGAGUUCUCUGAGCCCGCCGACUCUCUGACCGGUGCUACCCUGUUCAACAUACCUUUGAGCGCCGACACGAUUGGUUUCAGGGAUGCAUCCUUUACAUGGGCGAAGGACAGUGACCUCCCCCCUACACCGGGGAGUGGGAUGCGUGCAUUCAAGCUGCGCGUUGGAGGCGAGCUGUUGUUCAAGAAUGGGCGCAUCAACCUCAUUGUCGGUCCAACUGGUUGCGGGAAAACCUCGAUGUUGAUGGCGCUGCUAGGCGAGAUGCACUACAUACCAGACAGUCCACAUUCGUUCUACCAGAUUCCACGCGCAGGCGGUGUCGCGUACGCUGCUCAAGAAUCAUGGGUACAGAACGAGACUAUCCGAGACAACAUUCUCUUCGGUACUCCUUACGAUCGGGAACGAUACGGGAAGGUAAUUGACCAGUGCGGCCUGCGCCGCGAUCUCGAACUAUUUGCCGCUGGUGACCUGACGGAGGCACGUAUCACGCUUGCUCGUGCUGUAUAUUCACCAGCAGAGAUAUUGCUGUUGGACGAUGUCCUGGCUGCACUUGAUGUGCACACAGCUCGAUGGAUCAUCAACAAAUGCUUCAAGGGUGACCUCGUUCGUGGAAGGACUGUCCUCCUUGUUACUCACAACAUAGCAAUGACGAAGGGCCUAGCCGAGUUCGUUGUCGCUCUCGGGCUGAACGGCAGUAUCUCGAGUCAAGGGACCUUGUCGAAUGCCUUGGAACAUGAUAGCAAGCUAGCGGCUGAGGUCGCUGAGGAACAAGCUCUCAUUGACAAGACGAAAGAGAACAUGAAUGAAACUCGACCGGACGAGAAUGCCAAUGUGAAGUCAGCAGGGAAGCUAGUGGUGGAAGAGGAAGUAGCCGUUGGACACGUAGGCUGGUCAGCUAUGAAGGUUUACCUGUCCAGUCUUGGCGGAAGGCGGCCGUGGCUGUUUUGGUCUUCGUUCAUCGGUAUCUUGGCUGUUUCGCAGUCUCUGGAAAACUUUCAAGUCUGGUUCCUUGGAUACUGGGCACGCCAGUACGAAGUUCGCGAUCCAUGGGACGUCGACGCACCUUAUUAUCUCGUGAUAUAUUCUCUGAUUCUACUGGCGUCUGCUGCCUUUUACUACAUAGCGCAAGCUGUCUACGUGUAUGGUACCCUGAGGGGAUCGCGGACUGUACACGGAUACCUAAUCUCUUCGGUGCUCGGGACGACGCUCAGAUGGCUCGAUAAAACGCCCACCUCAAGGAUGAUCGCUAGAUGCACUCAGGACAUUCAAGCUGUCGACAUGCCCGUUCCAAGAUUUUUAGGAGACAUCCUGAACUACUCAAUGUCAAUUUUGCUCAAAGUAGGCGCGAUAGUGGCUAUGUCGCCAAUAUUCUCCGUGCCGGCAGUUCUCGUCGCUGGCGCUGGCGGUUGGGUUGGCCGCGUCUACAUGAAGGCUCAGUUGUCUAUCAAGCGCGAGAGGAGCAAUGCGCAAGCUCCCGUUCUUGGGCACUUCGGCGCUGCCUUCGCAGGUCUUGUAUCGAUCCGGGCAUAUGGCGCUCAGGAUGCUUUCAGGAGAGAAUCGUACAAACGAAUUAAUCGCUAUAGUCGGGUAUCUGUUAUAUUCUGGGGACUCAAUCGCUGGUUGUGCAUUCGCAUCGAUGCACUGGGUGCUACCUUCACUGCUGCUCUUGCAGGGUACUUAGUAUACGCCAAAUCAGUCACCGCAUCAAAUACCGGAUUCUCGUUGAACAUGGCAGUCGGUUUCAGCGGCAUGAUUCUAUGGUGGGUGAGGAUGUUGAACGAGCUUGAGGUCAACGGUGCUCUGGAGAGAAUCAAGCAAUAUGUAGAAAUUGAGCAAGAGCCCAAGCCCACCACUACUGGCGUUCCUCCCGCAUACUGGCCUGCGAGCGGUAACCUCAAAGUCGAGAACCUGUCGGCGAGAUACUCCCCUGAUGGUCCAAGAGUGUUAAACGAUAUAUCCUUCGAGGUCAAAUCAGGUGAACGCAUAGGCAUUGUCGGUCGCACUGGGAGUGGGAAGAGCUCUUUGACGUUGUCUUUGCUUCGAUGCAUCCUCACAGAAGGCAAGGUAUACUACGACGGCAUUGCUACAGAUAGCAUCAACCUCGACGCGCUGCGGUUAAACAUCACCAUCAUACCACAAAUUCCUGAGCUACUGAGCGGAACUCUGCGGCAAAAUCUGGACCCAUUCCAACAACAUGAUGAUGCUGUCCUCAAUGACGCUCUCCGCUCCGCAGGGCUGUUCUCCUUGCAGAGUGAGCUCGAGGAGGGCAAGAUCACGUUGGACACUCCGAUUGCAAGUGGAGGAUGUAACCUGUCCGUCGGUCAGCGACAAAUUCUAGCGCUAGCGAGAGCCAUAGUUCGCCAAAGCAAGCUUCUGAUCUUGGAUGAAGACUAUGCUACUGAUGCUGUCAUCCAAGCCUCUCUGAGAAGAGAAUUGAAGAACGGUGUCACCGUUCUCACCGUCGCCCAUCGGCUGCACACUAUCAUGGACGCUGACAAGAUCAUGGUCUUGGACGCGGGUCGAAUCGUUGAGUUCGGCAAGCCUAACGAGCUGCUCAUGGAAGAGAAGGGUAUGCUUCGUGCACUGGUCGAUGAAAGCGGGGACAAAGAAACCUUGUGUGCCAUGGCCCGGGAAGCUUCUGCUUGAGACUUUGAAUCGUGUAUAUAUGAGAGGGUGAACUCUCGUGUGUCCCACCCCCUAUCGCCUCUUUAAGAUCUAACUAUAGACGGGUCUAUUUAUUGCAUAGCACGUCAAUUCUUUCCUCUAUCUGAGCUUCCCAGGGCGAGAAGGAACGGUCAUGCGAGGGAGAUUUUGGAUUCCUAGUACAUCGGCCUUUCAUGGUGUGAGCUCGAAAACUACCCAGUCCUACUCAGACGUUAACACCGCGGAUGUGCGCAUGCAUGAUCACCUUGUGCCGCAGCUUCCGUAGCUCUACAGCGCCCGCUUACUUCUAAUCGACUCGGAUAAACGGCAAUAUACUCGCGAAC